AUGGAACCUGAAGAAUUGGAGGCAUACCAUACAGUCCAGUACUGUUUUCCAUCUCAUAAUUCCUCCUGUACUAAGCAGGUCCGAUCUACAUCUGAGUACAUUGUUUUGUAUGUGUUCUUUUCAUCAAUAUCUGUAUCGACGGUAUUUUUGAACCUGCUGGUGAUCCUCUCCAUCUCUCACUUUAAACAGCUUCACACCCCCACCAACCUGCUCGUCCUCUCUCUGGCUGUAGCAGAUCUGAUGGUUGGAGGCAUUGUAAUGCCAAUGGAGUCCAUUAGACUGAUAGAAAGUUGCUGGUAUUUUGGGGAAAGGUUCUGUGCCGCUUAUCCUCUGAUUGUGUAUAUCGCCAUGUCGGCCUCUCUAGGAAAUCUGGUCUUCAUAUCAGUUGAUCGAUAUAUAGCUGUAAGUGAUCCCUUAAGAUACACCACUAGAGUAACCAUCAGAAAAACAUUAUUUUGUAUAAUCAUUUGCUGGAUUUGUUCUUUGAUCUAUGCUGUGGUUUUAUUGUUUGACCAUUUCUCUAAUCCUACGCUCCAUGUAGCCUGCUAUGGAAACUGUGUGGUCAUCACAGAGUUCACAUGGGGAAUUGUUGACCUGAUGUUUACGUCUGUGGGUCCCUGUACAGUCAUAAUUGUUUUAUAUGUGAAUGUUUUUAGCAUAGCUAGGAAACAAGUUAAAGUCAUCAAUGCAAUGAACACAAGCAUCAAAGAGAACGAAAAGGUUGCAUUACCAAAGAGGUCUGAACGAAAAGCGGCAAAGACUUUAGGCAUAGUGGUUGUGGUUUAUUUGCUUUGCUGGAUUCCGUAUUACAUAAGCAUUUUAACAGUGGAAACUAUUACAACCUCAUCGAUUACAAUGACCAUAUUUACUUGGCUGAUCUAUAUAAAUUCUUGCAUGAACCCUGUUAUCUAUGCAUUAUUUUAUCCAUGGUUUAAAACAUCAGUAAAACACAUUAUGACUCUUAAAAUACUGCAGUCAUCCUCCCCAUACAUGGACUUAUCUCAAGAUAACUAA